UACCUGGGAUGACAGGAGAAACCAUGAUUACCGAUUUGUUUUUUAUCAUGAGUCUCUUCGAAAAUGUAUAAAAACAUCGGAUAACAUGGAAAACAAAAAGAGAAAGGAAACAAAAUAGAGGACAACUACUUGAACUUCGUCUUAUAAGUUGGCAGUUGCAUAACCCGAGGGCUCCUGGUCGUUGCUGUCCUUGGGCUCUGAGAGACUAAGGCUGGACUUCCUGUCUUGGAAAAAAUACCGACGGACACCGCCCCUUCAAUAGCACUGCAGCUAGUAGAGUGUUCUAGGCAACUGGACAAUAAGAAAGACGGUGAAUGCAGACAAUAGGUGUUGUGAGAUCUCCGAGGGAAGCGGACGUUAUGUGGUGGACUCUCCUGGAAAAGUGAUUUGCAUAUUUACUCCAGUUACGAUUUGUGAUGUGUCCGUGGUAGAUCAAGACUUUUUCUUGCUACCUACAAACGUGCUUUAGACCAGUGUUGACUGAGUACUUACUAUCUAGGAUCGUCUGUAAAAAAAUUAUUCUUUUUAUUUCAAGGUUACUGUUUACAGAAGUAUUUAUAUCAUGAUUUGUUGAAUAUUUAUAGAUUGUCUCUAUAUAACUAUUUGUAUUAUAUAUAUCUUAAUGUGAAUGAGCUCAACUUCAGAAUGAAUUGACAUAUCAGUAAGUCCUUCAAAUUGAAAUUCUUGGUGGUACUACGUGACAUUGUCGCUACGUGAUUUUACUCCGAUAACUUCAACACCCUUAUGGCGAGUUACUCUUCCAAAGGUUGCGUAAGUGUAAUGGAAUGAUGGCAUCAGCUAAGGACCGUCGUGGGUACGAACAUGAGUCCUCAAGCGACACUGAUAACCCAGACUCAGAAGAACGACGUCCAAGGCCUUACAGGAACAGAUUUGGGUAAGUCUUAACCAUCGUCUACUGUUGAUGCUCGCUCGCCUUUUCGUAGAUUUGUGAACAGAUUUGCGUAAUAAUUGACCGAAAAUAGAUUUUAGUGUCAGUGGUCCUUAUUGUGUUAAAACUCACGUUGGAAAUGGGCAUUCCCCUGUCGAGUAUUUUGUAUCCAAUGAAGUUAUUUUAACUGAGGGAAAUCCAAAGAUUUUGGUGACUCUUUAAGUCUGCAGAAACAAGACGACGAUUUCUUAGGAAGUGGUGCUCGAUGCCCCGUGGGCGGAGGGAGAGCUAGAGUGGAAUAACCCAAAAUCGCCAGGAGUGGAACCUCCUCCUCCCUUGCGUGCGUGCCCAUGCCUAGCUUUCUGGUCGUACCCUCGAAGAAGGGAUGAAGCACCAUCAUGCGCAGCGCCUACCCGCUGCUAGUCGACCAGAACGGAUGGAGCGCCGGCAUCUGUAGAAUCCCCAACACCUCCUCCUCCUCCACCACCACCACUUCGCUCCUGCGUUCCGUCGGCGUCGACAUCACGCGACCCGCCCAGCUCCACCAUCAAGCUCACCAUGAUAUUGAAAUCCACGUCGAAGACCCGCCCUCGACUUUUAGCCACGAGUACCCUCAGCCCUUGCCAGUCGCUGCCACCCACGGCACCAUCGAGCGGGGCAAGGGCGCCGGUGGGGCUGACCACCGCUCCAAGAGGAAACUGCCCAAUUCCGACGGCUCCACUCGGGCCAACACCUUCAACAGGGCCGUGCAAAGGCUCGAGUUGAGUAUCAGGCCUGACGGGGAGCUCUGCUUCGACACCAGAGGGCCUCUGCCCCUCUCGGCCACGCCCUCCAGGGGCUCGGGAGCGAGCGCUGGUACUCCCAGGGCAUCCCCCAGGAGCUCUUCGUCGCCUCGAGCUGCUUAUAACCGCCAGCACGAAAGCGUGCAUUCUGGGGUGGCUCCAGCGAUUGACCCUUCGGACGGGGGGGUACCUCAGCUGAAUCACAACCAGGCACAGAGGACGAGAGGCAGCAAUGGCACCGGGAGCUGUGGGGGAAUGGGUCCUGCUGCCCCCCCGUCCUUCACGCUGCCGAUGAUGUCGCGGCCCUCGCAGCUCUCCUUGUGUUGCUCGUCGCCCGACUAUUACUACAACGAAGAAAGACUUCGACAGGAGCCGGAGCCGGGUCUGCUCAAGUGCUGCGACACCAAGAUCUCGUGCUGUCCCUGCAGCCCCUGUUGCGAGCCCUACUGCCCCGUGGGCCACAUGAACACCGUCUGCAUGUCCAUGAUCUGCAGUGGCAUCAUCAUGUUCAUAGUGCUCUCCCCUCUUCUGCAUUAUCUCGUUCCUACUUAGUCUUAAGGAGAGAUCUCCGGCGAAAGAUGACGACGAUGUCCGAAUGAUACGAUAAACCAAUUGAGACGCUUGGCAGAAAAGGCCUCUCCCGACACUCUCCUGUGUUUGUCACAAAAGAAUAUAGUUGCAUUGAUCUGCACAUGCUGUAUCGUAUUGUGCGUUGUGUUAAUAUUAUUGUUGUUGUUAAUGUUAUUGUUAUGAGGCUUGUUACUUUAAGGACCAAGAUUCCCCAGCUGGGACUUCGCAGCCCUUUUGGAGAUCCUCAGUCGGAGAAGCAUCUCUUAGGAUGUCACAGAGCACUUGGGUCACGAUACCAGAACGCGUGAGUUUCUAUCAGCCCUUGUCACUCUUACGGUAAGUGUUGGUGUUCAUUCAGGAGUGAUCUCGUCUCGUAGGUGAACUGUACAGCUCGUCUCCGAAGCCCAAGUCAUGCUUAGUCCAGCGGGGAGAGACUGGAGGCUCCGUCAGCGUCUCUCAUCACACUCACGGUAACGCUUCACACGGCCGCUCCCACCAUCACGAGUCCGCCAUCCCGAAGAUGACUCAUCACCACAGAUCAGGGUAAGGGAAGAGGAACAGGUCAUCAAUGGGCGCCUGAUGUUGGAGUUGGAAGGGUUAAGAGUAAGCCCGUUUUGAAUGAAGUGUCAAUUUUAAUAUAU